CGAGUAUUUCUCACACUAUUCAACAUCGAGAUUAUCAGAAUUUAUUUCUACUCUAAGCUGCUAUCGUUUCUUAUUUCUGUUUGUUUUUUAAAAAUAUUUUUGGCAUUUAUCAAACGAUGUUUUAAACAGCUGAUUUAUGAAGACGAGUAAGAACGAAGCGUUCCGUUUCGUCAGAGGCAUAAGCUGGACCGAAUACCCGGAUUAGUGGUAUCGUCUUCAUCAAACUGAUAACCCGGAAAUAUUAGUGAGUAGGUAUUUGCUUCAGCCGAAUACUUACGGUUACAUAUCCGUCUCUGUUCGAGCUCUGCUAGGUACCCAGAUGAGUAAAUAUGUACAUGUUCUUAUCACUGUAAUAUCUAAUCAGCCCGUGCCCGAGGGUGAUUGUAUUAUGGUUACAUAGGUGAUACAGAAAACGUCUUUUUUAUAAACGUACAGUAUCAAAUUUCUUGAACGAGAAGUUGUGUAAAAGACUACCUACGUGCAUUCGCUGAAAUUCAUUCAGUAGUGAAAAAUGAUUGUUCGGAUGACAUUAAUUUGAAACGACAUAGAAUCGUUGUGUAAUUUUAUCAAAGUUUUCAUGUUUUAUCAGUACUAUGAGUUCAUUAAAUAAUUUUUCGAAAGAGGAAACCGCGAGACGAACGCGUAACAUCGGCUAUCGUCAUUCUGCCCUACAUCAGUUUACAAACCAUAACUCGAGGCACUUCCGAGAUUAUGGUUGUCCAUCUGGAAUUGGAAGUGAAUGUUGUGGAACUGAAAGCGAAACUGAAGAACUUUCUAAGAAACAUAAAGAGCUAUCCGAAUCUGCAAAAUGUGAAGCUAAAACAAUUGAGAUUGUAGAAUGUAUCGAAAAGGUUGCCGAAGGUGGUUGCUCUAUAGGUUUCAGUAUGCCUUCCCUAAAAAUAUCGAGACAUGACCUUCAUCCUUCGGAGGAACCACUUGAACAAUUUUCUGACGAUGGCUGUAUUAGACGCAUAACACAAGCUUCGCUCGUUGAACUCAUUGAAAAGGUUACUGAAGAUUACUCUGCGAAGUCGUUCAGGCUUCCCCUAGAAAUAUCGAGCGACGAUCAUCAUAAUUUGGAGGAACAACUUGAACAAGUUCCUGACGAAGUUGCGCUCGUAGAAACUGCUCAAAAUAUUUCCGAAGACGCUGGUAACACCAUUGUUGCACCGAUUGAAAUUUCCACAAAUACUCGUAAUAUUACUGAAAAUACUUCCAACACAAGUUUCAUCAUACUUGUACCUUCUGCAGAAAACCCCAACAACAUCCUUCAUAAUGCGGAGGCACGACCUGCACAAUAUUUUGAAGUUGCACGUUCAGAAACUUCCAGAAAUAUUAGUGAAGAUAUUCGCGACUAUUUGACUAUCCCGUUCCCAGAAUAUUCGCAUAGCAGUCUAUGUACGAGUAAUACAGCGACACGUCCUCAGAACGAAGAUGAUCAAUUUUUAAAUUUGACCACCAUCUCCACACAAAUAUUGAAUGAUGAAGUUUGUUGUAACGUAGAAGAGCAAUCUCAACAACCAUCUGAAGAGAAUCCCACCUCAAAAGAUCCACAGAGCUGUUUCUCUGACUCGACGAAAGCGACCAAUGGUGUGUUCUUGCUCGUACUCAAUGAACAAUUUGUUAAAGCACACGCUGGGCAAACACUACGGAUAGGACAAGUACAAGUGGCAACCCAACGCACAAACUGUAACAAUGAGCUAAAUGUGAAUCAGCGCGAUGGGCAGACUUCUUCAGCGGGAUGCUCAAAAAGCUUGGAAAAUGGUGGCAAAGGCAGGAUUUCACGCUCUGCCAAAAAGAAAAAAAAACUUCGCAGCGCAGCUACCAUGAUACAAACCUCGGAUAGUGUUCCAAAAAAGGUGCCAGCAGUACUGAUACCUCCAUACAGUUGCAAAAUUUGUGAUAAAACGUUUUCCGAUAAAUAUGAUUGGGGAAGACAUAUGCGAAAACAUCCGGAGCCAUUCGUGUGCCCAAAGUGUAACAAACCAUUUAGUAGAAGAGUUAACCUCAUAGAACAUCAAUCUACUCAUAGUUAUGAGCAACCCUACAAAUGUGGAAUUUGUGACACACGAUUCAAGACGGACAGAAGUAAAAGAAUGCACGAACACAACAUGCAUACCGAAAGCGCUCGUUUUGAGUGUGCUGUUUGCGGGAAAAUGUUUCUCUAUAAAAAGUUACUCAUUGCCCACCUGCGAGUUCAUUCUUCAGGAAGGUGCUCAAAACGCCGAGAAAAUGGUGGCGAUGGCUGGAUUUCUCGCUCUAUGAAAAAGAAAAAAGGACUUCCCAGCGUAGCUACUAUGAUAGAAACCUCGGACAGUAUUCCUAAAAAGGUACCCAAAGCAUUGACACGAGAUUCGCCUCUAUACUGUUGCAAUAUCUGUGAUAGAACGUUUUCCUAUCAAUCUGUUUGGAAAAGACACCAACAAGAGCAUUUGAAGUCAUUCUUGUGUCCAAAGUGUAACAAACCGUUCGCUGAAAAACAGUAUCUUAUUGAACAUCAAGCAACUCAUAGUGAAAAGAAACCCUACAAAUGCAGAUUUUGUGAUGCACGAUUCAAGCACAGCCGCGGUAAAUUAAUGCACGAACGAUAUAGGCAUACGAAAGUUGCUCGGUUUGAGUGUGCUGUUUGCGGGAAAAUUUUUUCCUAUAAAAGUGCUAUCAUGCUGCACUUGCAUGUACAUUCUGGUGAAAAACCGUUCUGUUGCCAAACCUGUGGCGCGAGCUUUUCUCGAAAAUAUGGUCUUACUAAACACCAACAGACUCACAGUAAAAAAAGACUAAAAAGAAGCUUCAAAUGCCGCGUAUGCAACAAGCUAUUUAAAUACCAAAAGGCUAUGGCACGGCACGAACAUUCACAUCUGGAGGGUCCUCGCUUUGAAUGCGCCCUAUGCGGCAAGAAAUAUCGCCAGAAACAGAAUCUAACCUAUCACAUAUCCAAACACCAAGACGGUAUAAUAAUGCAUGAACGUCUACAUGAGGAGGGUCCUCGUUUUGAAUGCGCCCUAUGCGGCAAGAAAUAUGGCCAGAAACAGAAUCUAGCCUAUCACAUAUCACAUAAAUGCUGUUAAAUUUCUACAACCAGUAUCAAAAUGUGUACAGGUUCAAAUUCGGUUUUUCUUUGUGUUUUUCAGUUCUUGCUCAACCUUGGCAAAAGAGUUGCAAAUUGUUUCCAAUUUUUUGUGUAUUGCAUUGUUAGAUAGAGAUACCUAUGUGUGCUUAUUUUUAGUAUGUAGGUACGUAAUCAGUACUUAUUUGUUUCAAUUUUACCUAUUAGUGGAGGCAAAUUAGCAUCAUGGCCUAUUUCAAAAAUAAAAACAUUUUUGGCCACCCAAGCUUUUAUGAUGAAAAAUUGUCAAGGGUGG